AUGGGAGAGAAGAUAACAUUGGUGAGUUUGAAAUGCAGGAAAAGAAGAGACACGAUGAUCAAGAUUUGUGAGGUUUUUGAAUCUUUGAAGCUCAAUGUUGUCAUUGCCAACAUCACUGUUUUUCCUGAGACCCUUUUCAAGACACUCUUCAUUCAGAAUAGAGAAUGGAAGAGUGUUUAUGUAGAUGAUUCAAUGGAUGAUAUUGGUGAGAUUCCAAUUCUAUUGGAAUGGAAUCACGAAUUUCAAUUCUAUUGGAAUGGAAAGACGAAUUCCAAUUCUGUUGGAAUCGCAGAUGUAGAUGCUUGA